AUGCGUCCCAAAAGUCAAAAAUCGUACAGUCCUACCACACGCUUUAUUAAUAAAUUAGUAAAAACUGAAGAAUCUAUUCAGGACAAAUUUAUUUUAAAAGAACCAUUUAAUGAUAAGCCUAGUAAUUAUUGCAAUAUUAUACAUAUAGGAAUAGUAUGUUCUGGCUACAAAAAUACAGUAUUCUUUCAUAAUUUAUUGAAGUCAAUAUUUUUUCAUAGAGUCAAUCCUAUAUAUUUACAUAUAAUAACUGAUAAAAAUACUGAGUAUCUUUUAAAUACACUUCUGGUGACAUGGGAUCUUCCACAAGUUAAUUUUAUAUUUUACGAUCUAAGUAAUUUUGUGCAUGAAGUGAAAUGGGUGCCGAACAGCCACUACUCAGGUGUAUAUGGAAUGCUAAAAAUACUAUUUCCUAAAUUGGUUCCUUAUAAUGUUAAGAAAAUGUUGGUUUUUGAUACUGAUUUGACAGUUAAUAGUGAUAUAAAUGAAUUAUGGAAACUUUUUAAAAAUUUUAAUAAUAAACAAGCUAUAGGAAUGGUCGAGAAUGAGAGCGAUUUUUAUUUGAAUGGUGAUGUUUGGCCAGCUAUUGGAAAAGGAUAUAAUUCGGGUGUACUUAUGUAUCAUCUAGAAAGGCUAAGAAAAAUUGGAUGGAACAAGUUGUGGCCAGAAGUCACCAAAAAAGCUGCCUCAGGUCAUGGAACAGCAAGAUUAGCUGAUCAAGAUGUUAUUAAUGCAGUUCUUAAAGAACGCCCAGAAUUGUUGUAUGAAAUUGUUCAUUGGAAUUCGCCGAAAAAGCUCAACGUCGUAAACCCAGAUAGGGAAUAUUUUAAAAGUUUAGCUGACACGUACAUGGAGUACAACGGUAAUUUGCUUCGGAAACAGCUUUUAAAUUGCGACAAUCAAACUAAAUCAAUUUUAAUUGAAUCCCAAAGUACUUGUGAUAAAUUUCGAAGAGCAUCGGAAACAAAGUGGCGAACACUUUUGUAUUUUAUGCCAUAUGAUUACAAAACAUUGGAAUAUGAUGUUACUUUGGUAGCUCAAUGUUCCUUCGAUAGAUUAGUUGUGUUUGAAGAAAUAGCGAAUUAUUGGCCAGGACCGAUGAGUAUAACAUUUUAUCUAUCAGAUGCGGAGUUAAUUAGAGCUUCAGAUUUUAUUCUACACUCAGAAAUUUUAAUGAAAAGAAAAAAUAUUGCUUAUCAUGUUGUUUUUAAAGAUGGAGAUUUUUACCCAAUUAACAUUUUAAGAAACACCGGUCUGUCCAAUGUGGACACCCCAUUUGUUUUUUUAACAGACAUUGACUUUAUCCCGGUAUCAAAGCUUUACAGUGCAAUAAAAGAUUAUUUAAAGGAAACGAAAAAACUCAUUAAUGAAGCUUUAAUUAUACCUGCUUUUGAGUUAUCCUACUUUGCUGACUCGAUUCCAAGAAACAAAUCAAAACUUAUCGAACUAUGGGAAAAAGGACGUGUUAAUCCUUUCUUGGAAAAAAUAUGGCCAAGUGGACAUUCUCCUACGAAUUUUCCAGCAUGGCAAAAUGCUGAAGAACCUUAUAACGUAAAAUGGGAUCACGAUUUUGAACCUUAUAUAGUUGUUAGAAGCAAUGUAACCCAAUACGAUAAAAGGUUUGUUGGUUUUGGAUGGAACAAAGUUUCGCAUAUUAUGGAACUUGAAGCUCAGGGUUACACAUUUACUGUUCUUCCCAACGUGUUUAUUGUUCAUAAGCCUCAUAGCCCCAGUUCAGAUAUGAUCAGUUUUAGAACAUCACCUCAAUACAGAUUAUGCUUGCAUUUUUUAAAAGACGAAGUUAUUCAAAGCCUAAAUAAGCGGUAUGGUAAAAAUUUCGAAUUAAAAAAUGUUACCAUUACAUUUCCGCCAAUGAAAAGAAGAAAGCGCAACUAUGAUUAUAUUCAGACAACUGCGGAAACCAAUACGGAUUAUCCAUAUGUAGUUUAAGACUUUUUGCGUGAUAUAUUGCCAAAGUAUUUUCUUUAAACAAAUUAUUUUUACUUUUAAAUAAGUUUUAUUUAUAACUUACAUUUAAUGCUAACAAGUUCUAAUUUUUAAAACUAUUCAAUUUUUUGCAGGGUCUUAAUAUCCUAGAAAUUUGAAACAUUUUUAAAUUUUGCUCAACUAUUUCUAGUCCAUACACCUUUGCUAUAAACAUGUAUAAUUUACUACUGUUUUUUUUUCUUGUAAUUUUUAUUUAUUUCAUUUGGUUUUUAAAUUUUAUUUAUUCAUUAACAUGUUACAUAAUAGUACAUUAUAGCCCAGGCAGGGGAAGCUCAUAUUAUAG